GACGACAACAACGUCGCUUUAUUUUAUCACAGAAAUUCGCACGUAUUGUCGACGGUCUUUAAUAAUACGUCGUCAAUGGUCUCGACGAACGAUUCAACACGUGACAGCUGACUUUCUCUGUCUCCGUUGAUUCCGGGCCCGUAUAUUCUUAUCACGCCAUUCACGCCGUGCAUUGCCGUGGCGCACGUAAUCGCGCGUGUGUGAAAUACGCGAUUCGCGUUAUGUUCGACAAGAAGCGGCGUGUUCGCCGCGGACUCUGAUCCGUUGCCGGUCGCGGUAAUCUGCGCCGAUCUCGACGAGGAUCUUCGCGCGACACCGCGCGCGUCACCGUCGCUUCUCUCCUUCUCUCAGCUCCCGUAAAACCCUCCUUCUUCUUUUGCCGAGUAAAAGCGGACUUGUGAGCACGUCGUCCCCGCACGAUGGUGAAGUAUUACGAAAACAUCACGGUCUUCAAGUUCGACUGGACGCAGGUCGUUCGGGGAUUCUUUCAGAGAUAUCCCAAUCCGCACAGUUCGCACGUUCUCACCGAGGACACGAUCUCGAGAGAAGUCACAAACGGAAAGCUCUACUCCAAGCGACUGCUGACGAAAACCAACAAAGUGCCGAAAUGGGGUGAGAGAUUCAUCGGUAAAAACAUCGUCAAGAUCGUGGAGGAGAGCAUUGUUGAUUCUGAGGCGAAGACUUUGACUACCUAUACGAGAAAUUUGGGUUACACCAAAGUCAUGAGUAUCGUCGAGAAGGUGGUGUAUCAGAUCUCCGAGGAGAAUCCCGAGUGGACGGUCGCGAAGAGAUCGGCGUGGAUCGACAGUCAGGUCUUUGGUUUCAGCAGGGCGAUACAGGCCUUUGGCUUGGAUCGAUUUAAAAAGAAUUGCGUCAAGAUGUCGGAGGGCUUCAACUACGUUCUCGCGAACAUGUUUCCUCGCACGACGCAGUUUUUAAAUCCAGAAUUGUCCCAGACGAGUUUCUCCAUGCGAGCCGGCCACAGCAGCAACAGCAGCAGCGCCACGGACGACGGCGCGACAGCGAAGCCGAGCCUUGCGGAGGACCUGCAGCAUUCGUUGCAGGGUAAAGCGGAGAAGGUGAAGGACGCGGCGAAGAAGGCCACGGAUUUGGCGAAGGAGAAGGCAAGACCGAUAUACGCGGCCUGUCAACCGAACCAAUCGUAAAUUUCCGUAUUCCGCGAACGCAGAAAAAAGUGCAAACAGCUACGUUGGACGACGAGUAAUGUCGUUUAGUGAUGGGAAUAUUCACGAGUAACACACACCGUAUCGUUGUGAUGUAUUUUAAAUGAAACGAUGGUAAAGCUUUAGCGAAACUAGAGAAUGCAGUUAUUGUAUAUUAAUUAAUCGGCACGCAGUUUAAUGACGACUAGUGCAGAAAGAAUUAGAGAGUCGAUUGAUAGAGCGAUGAAAGUUGAGAUUUUUGAGGAUUCGCUAGACUCGCGGUAGCACACAAGGUUCUCAGAAUGUAACACUUAUAUAUGUGUAAAAUUUUCUAAAGAUUCUCGCGUCUGAUGCCACUUGAUAAUGUUACCAUUCCUUUUUCAACUGCCAAAUUGUUAGCUGUGCUAUUAAAAACGUGAUAUGCAUGCAUGCACACAGAUGCGCAUUAAAUUACUUAAUCAUUUUUCUUUUGUACACGUAAAAAAAAAUAUUUUCUACUUCUUUUGUAAUCGCAAAAUAUCUCUCGCGCAAGAUAUUGAAUGCAGGAAUCAUUUUUAUAUGCUUAUAAUUAAUGUAUAUCAGCGUUCAUUUUCGCGCAUUUCAUGCAUACCUAACGUUUGCAAUUGACAAUUAUUGAAGAACGGCAUUUCGUAUGCAGUUAUUAACGUCAUUGAAAGCAAUUACGUAUGUUAUGCAUUCAAAGGGAUAGUUUCACGAUGAAUUGUCCUUUUUUCUGUAAUGUAAUAUAGUUUCUAGAUGUUCCGCGUCGGCACAGACAGUGUGUAUUGACCAAUGCAAGUUACUGAAAAACUUGAUUCCGUACAUCAAUGAGUCUUUUGGAUAUUCAUAAUGAAUCAUAAUUUGGAUCAUUUGGAUCAUAAUUUCAACGCAUGUUGCCAUACGUUUCUAAAAUUAUUAGAACUGUGAUUUAAGAUUGUUGUACAGUAUUUCAUACACACAUUACAUUUUUAAUGUUUCUCUUUGAGUUGUUAUUGAACAAAAUGAUUUAAAUUACUACUGAAUAAGUAACGUUUUUUUUUUUGGCAACUGAAAUUUAAAUGAAAUCUUCACCAAUGUAGAUUAUUUCUUCUGUAUAAAUCACGUGUAUUUAAAUAAAAUUUAAAUUCUGUAACCUUUUUAAACUGUAAA